AUGGCGGAAGAAGAGCAAGAAUUUCAAUUAACUGAUGAACAAGUCACAGAAAUUCGUGAUGCGUUCAAUAUCUACGAUCGAGAUCAGAAGGGUGAAAUUCCAACAUCACUUCUUGGUACUGUGAUGAAAAAUCUCGGACAUAAUUUAAAGCCUGAUCAAUUGCAAGAAUGUAUCGAUGCGGUCGAUGGUGAUGGUAGUGGUACAGUCGAUUUUGAUGAAUUUCUCGCUUUAAUGGUCAAAAAAGCUAAAGAAGCGGAAGAUGAACGAGAAUUACGUGAAGUAUUUCGCGUAUUUGACAAAAACGGCCGUGGUGUUAUCGAUGUUGCUGAUCUGAAAAUGAUCUUCGAAGCACUUGAUCCUGAUAUGCCCGAGGAUGAAAUCGAACAGAUCAUUUCCGAAGUCGAUGAAGACGGUUCCGGAACAGUCGAUUACGAAGAAUUCUACAAAUUGAUGACUGGCUAG